AUGGUGUAUGCGUGGUGUGAGAAUGAAAUAGUCAAAUGGGGAGCUGAAGAGCCGUCAAGUUUUUUUUUCUUUUCCGAUUCUUCCUUUUCCUUUCCACAUCGAUUUCCAUUCCCCGGAGCCGUCGCCUCGCUAGAGGGUCAAGCCAUCCGGCACCGAGCAACUCAAAAAGUCGCGGUGUGUGGCCACACUCAAACGUUCCAAGCCUCGCCGGGCGGCGCCACUGGGCCUUGGCCGCAGCCGGUCAAGCGUCUGGAUGGAGUCGAAUCAAGCUUUGAGGAAAGCCUGGCGUCAUGGCAAUGGCACUGGCACUGGCACUGGCACUGGCAGGGCGAUACUGCAGCCCAUCGCCGGCUCUUCCACGAGGGGCGUCUGCGGAGGGAGGGGCAGGGGAGGAAGUUGGAGUUGGAGCUGAGCUGGCGAGACGGGCCAGAGCCGGCUGCGCGACUUACCGGUGGCAGUAGAUGGAAAGCAACACCGAGGGUGCUGGUGAUGGUGUUGCAGUGUUUCCCGGCCGGCCUCGACGCCGUUCUCGAGACUCUGCGCAAACCAAUGCUUAAGCACAAGCGAGGCUCAACAGGCGAACUGCUGCCCCAACGGCAAGACGUGCGUAUCCCAGCUCCCAGUGGAGAUGCCGCACAAGGACACCACGCGACAGAAGGACGAAAGUGA